AUGGAAAGCGAGAUUAUUACACAAACUGUGUUGACAGAAACAGAAAUAAUACAAAGCAAAAUGUGGAAACAUAUUAAUCAGUUAGUUAAUAAAAAUUCUAGAUCAACAAAUAAAGCAGUACUACAAAUAGACGAACAGGUUAUUAUUGAAAAUGAAACUAUAGCUGAUUUGUUCAAUGAAUAUUUUACUGAUAUAGGACCAAAUCUGUCGAACCAGAUCACGGAAACUAACACAGAUUUUAAACAUUAUAUGAAAUUUAAAACUCAACAUAAGUUCAAUUUCGAAAACAUUAAUAUCAAUGAAGUGUUAAAUGCACUGGAGAAAUUAAAGACGUCUAAGUCAACUGGACAUGAUAAUAUCCUAGCCAAACUUUUGAAAGAUGCGAGUGAAGCCGUGGCGCCUUUUUUAGUAUUUAUUUUUAAUACUUCACUCAAACAAGGAAUUUUCCCUGAUGAUUUUAAGACUGCAAGAAUUUCUCCAAUUCAUAAAUCUGCUGACAAAAAAAAUCGAGGCAAUUAUAGACCGAUUUCCAUUCUUUCGAUUAUUGCUAUAGUGCAGCGG